GCACCCGGCCGCUUUGUUUUGUUUUUCCCUUCUUUGUCGUCUUCUUUCUCCUCUAGCUUUUCAUCCGAUUCUUCCGAUUCAUGGAUCCUGAGGCUGGGGCGGCCUGUCCUGGUCGAGGAAGCUUUCCUGCCUUCUGCUAAAUUUUGUUUCUUGCAAGUUUCAUUCUGAAGUUCCACUAGCUAAAGAUGCAUGCCUUGUUUAGAUCCUAGAUUAAGAUUUCUUGUCCCUUGAAUGUAUCAUGGCUUGUUUAGAGGCCGGGGCAGCACUUCUCCGGUCUCAAUUUUUGUUCUUCACUUCUAUUUAUUUCAUCAGAGAUUCGCGGUUUUUAUCCACUAGCAAGGGUGGGAAAAGGGACAACAAUGACCUCCAAGACGAGCGGCAGCAUAACCACCAGCCUGAGCACCACGGGGAAGCUCUCCUCCGUGGGCAGCAGCUUCAUGGCGUCCGCCAGCAGCCGCAGCACCAGCGGCGGGUUCGACGAGGGGGCCAAGUACUCCGACGGCCAGAUCCUCGAGGCGCCCAACCUCCGCACCUUCACAUUCGUAGAGCUCAAGACGGCCACCAAGAACUUCCGGCCGGACAGCGUCCUUGGCGAAGGAGGGUUCGGGAGAGUCUACAAAGGGUGGGUGGAUGAGAAGACCAUGGCGCCGACCAGGAACAGCACCGGCAUGGUUGUUGCGGUCAAGAAGCUCAACUCGGAGAGCAUGCAGGGGUUUGAGGAAUGGCAGUCGGAGAUAAAUUUUCUAGGAAGGCUCUCCCAUCCGAACCUAGUGAAGCUCUUGGGCUACUGUUGGGAGGACAAGGAACUUCUUCUCGUGUACGAAUUCAUGGCCAAAGGGAGCUUGGAAAACCACCUAUUCAGGAGAGGAUGUGCCCCCCUGUCCUGGGAGCUGAGGCUGAAGAUAGCCAUUGGUGCAGCUCGAGGACUCGCGUUCUUGCAUGCAUCGGAAAAACAAGUAAUCUACCGUGAUUUCAAGGCGUCUAACAUCCUUUUAGACGCGAACUAUAACGCAAAGCUCUCUGAUUUCGGCCUUGCUAAGCUGGGGCCAACUGGUAGCAACUCGCACAUCACAACCAGGGUGAUGGGGACAUAUGGGUAUGCAGCUCCAGAGUACGUAGCCACCGGGCAUCUGUACGUGAAGAGCGACGUGUACGGUUUCGGCGUGGUGAUGCUGGAGAUGCUGUCGGGGCAGCGAGCGCUGGACCCGAACCGGCCGAGCGGGCAGCUGAGCCUGGCCGACUGGGCGAAGCCGUACCUGGCGGACCGCCGGAGGCUGGCGCGGCUCAUGGACCCGCGGUUCGAGGGCCAGUACAACUCCAGGCAGGCGUUCCAGGCGGCGCAGCUGACGCUCGGCUGCCUGGCCGGCGACCCCCGCAGCCGGCCCUCGAUGAAGGAGGUGGUGGAGACGCUGGAGCGGGUGGAGGCGGUGAAGAGCCGGGCGCGCGGCGGCGGGUCCGGGUCCGGGUCUGGCCGCGCCGGUGCCGCGGCGCACCACCGGUCGCCGCGCGUCGGUGGCGGUGCCCGUGCCGCGUCCAGGCCCGCCGCCAACGGCCACAACGCCAGGCCCGCGCGAUGACGCUCCGGCAGGGUGGUGACGAUUCUUCAUGUAAAUGGCGUCUUUUUUUUUUUGGCCUGGUUCGCGUGCUGUUCUUGCAUGGCGGCCGCUGUUGUUGUAAGUUGUAGCCAAUAGUGUAAUAGUUAAAAAAAAGUGCUAGAAGAAAGGAAUAACCAUUCAAUCAAAAACGUGUUUUUCUUUUCGCAAAAGGAACAAAGGAAGAGGACGGUUUUUGUGUAUGUGUUGUUGUUUUUCUGUUAA